AUGAGAUCCUUUGCACUUCCUCUUCUGGCCCUGGUUGCCUCCGCGACGGCACUUCCCGCCCCUGUGCCGGCUCCGGUCCACCACCCCAUCCAACCGCCUCCUCAGCGUCUAGAGGAGCGGGGUCCCGCGGCCACUGUCUCUGUCUCCAGCAGUGCGUCCAUCAUUGGUGGCACUCUGGGCAAGAUUGAGUCCUACAAGGGCAUUCCCUUUGCACAAGCCGGCCGCCUGGAGAAGCCUCAGCGAGUGAACAUCUCCUCGCUAGGUGCCAACUUUGAUGCCACGGGUCUCGGCCCGUCCUGCCCGCAGAUGUUCUUCUCUACCGGCAGCGGAGGCUUCUUGACGCAGGUCCUGGGCGAUGUUCUCAACUUGCCCCUAUUCCAGACAGUAACGGGAGCCACGGAGAACUGUUUGACAAUCAACGUUCAGAGGCCGGCCGGUACCAAGGCUGGAGACAAGCUCCCGGUUCUGUUCUGGAUCUUUGGCGGCGGCUUUGAGGUUCUCUCCUCUCAGCUCGGCUCAACAGCCAUGUACGACGGCUCAGGCCUCAUUGCCAACGGCAUGUCCUCCAAUCAGCCGUUCGUCUUUGUCGCCGUGAACUAUCGCACGGGUGGCUUCGGCUUCUUGCCCGGCAAAGAGGUCCUGUCCGCCGGCGUCGCCAACCUGGGCCUGCUGGACCAGCGCGCCGGUCUCGAGUGGGUCUCGGACAACAUCGAGCUUUUUGGCGGCGACCCGGACCGCGUCACCAUCUGGGGCGAGAGCGCCGGCGCCAUCUCGGUGCUCGACCAGAUGGCUCUCUACGGCGGAGACAUCACGCACAACGGCCGCAAGCUCUUCCGCGGCGCCAUCAUGAACUCGGGCAGCAUCGUGCCCGCUGACCCCGUCGACUGCCCCAAGUCCCAGGUCGUCUACAACACCGUCGUCAGCGAGGCGGGAUGCGCUGGACAGACGGACACGCUGGCCUGCCUGAAGGCGCUGCCAUACCAGAAGUUCCUCAACGCGGCGAACUCGGUCCCCGGAAUCCUGUCGUACAACUCGGUCGCGCUGUCGUACCUUCCGCGCCCAGACGGCAACGUCCUCCCGGACACGCCCGACGAGCUCAUCAAGAACAAGCGCUACGCCGCCGUGCCCAUGAUCAUCGGCGACCAGGAGGACGAGGGCACGCUCUUCGCGCUCUUCCAGCCCAACAUCACGAGCACCUCGCGCCUCGUGCGCUACUUCAAGGACAUCUUCUUCCACGGCGCCACGGAGCAGCAGCUCACCGACCUCGUCAACACGUACUCGCCCUGGCCCAUGGCCGGCUCGCCCUUCCGCACGGGCAUCUUCAACGAGAUCUACCCGGGCUACAAGCGCCUGGCCGCCAUGCUCGGCGACCUGACCUUCACGCUCACGCGGCGGGCCUUCCUCGCCGUCGCGGCGCAGGUCAACCCGGACGUGCCGAGCUGGUCCUACCUGAGCUCCUACGACUACGGCACACCCAUCCUCGGCACCCUGCACGGCAGCGACAUCCUGCAGGUGUUCUACGGCAUCCUGCCCAACUACGCGAGCAGGACCAUCCAGGGGUACUACAUCAACUUCCUGUACAACCUCGACCCCAACGUGGGUACCAGCUUCAUGCAGUGGCCCAAGUGGAAGGAGGGGCAGCAGCUGAUGAACUUCUUCGCCAACAAGGGGGCACUGAUCAAUGACGAUUUCAGGCAGGACAGUUAUGAGUAUAUUGCAAAUAACGUGGCGGCGUUCCACAUCUGA